AUGAAGUAUGUCGAGCUUCUACGGUCAAGACCCAUUGCCAUUGAGACCGCGGCAGCGAACUCACAGCACUACGAGGUAGGCACUGGAGUGCUUUCGGCGUGUCUUGGUCCACGCAUGAAGUAUUCGUGUUGUCUGUAUCCGAAGGGAACCGAGACGUUGGCGCAGGCUGAGAUUGCUAUGCUGGAGAGUUAUGUUGAGAAGGCACAACUCAGGGAUGGCAUGAGAAUAUUCGACCUUGGUUGUGGAUGGGGCUCUUUAUCACUCUACCUGGCAGAAGUCUUCCCAAACGCCAAGAUCACAGCACUUUCAAACUCAAAGACACAAAAGCAGUAUAUCGAUUCCGAGGCCAGUCGAAAAGGACUUUCAAAUCUCAACGUAGUAACAGCAGACAUUGCCGAGCACACUUUCACUGCCACAGAACUGGAAGGCGCCUUUGACCGAGUCUUGAGCAUCGAGCUCUUCGAACACAUGAAAAACUACGAGCUCCUCCUAGCCAAAGUCUCCACCCUACUCAAACCAGGAGGUAAACUCUUCGUACAUCUCUUCGCUCACAAGGACUCCCCCUACGAUUUUGAGACGGGCUGGAUGACGGAUUUCUUCUUCACCGGUGGCACGAUGCCCUCGGCUGAUCUGAUGCUGUAUUUCCAGCGCGAUCUGCAAGUCACUCAGCAAUGGUGGGUCAGUGGCAAGCAUUACGCCCAGACGUGCAAUGACUGGUUGAAGAAGAUGAACGCGAGUAAGGUGGAGAUCUGGCCGCAUUUGGAGGAGACGUAUGGGAAGGAGGAGACGUUGAAGUGGUUUCACCGGUGGCAGGUGUUUUAUAUGGCUUGUGCGGAGUUGUUCGAUUGGGCGGAUGGUGAUACUUGGGGUGUGUGUCAUUAUCUGUUUGAGAAGCCUGCGCGGUGA